AUGGCUUCGCCCGAGGUCGAGAACCACUUCACUGUCUUCGUCCGCCUGCCAUUCAAUCGUGGCGAUUUCGUCGACCCGCCUCCUGUAAAUUGGUCCGCUGCAAAAGAGCGUGCACUAUGGGACAUUCUGUCUCGUCAAACCAACAACCAAAUCGACUGGAGGGCUCUCGCCGAGAGAUUCGAAGUGACUCAGCCUUUCCUCCUCCAGAAAGCCGCAUGGCUCUACGAGCGACAAUUAUCCCAGGUGCGAGCUCAGAUGCGUCGAGUAGGAAAUAGGAAUUCUGCCACGCCUUCUCCUACACCGGGAUCGCUCUCGGGCAGCAUGGUGGGAGGCCAGGCGAUGAGGAGAGCUGGGAGCGGCGGCUCACGGGUGCCUUCUCGCUUAUCAAUGCAGCACGUUGGAAGCCCUGUCAUGGGUGGAGUAGACAGUACGCCAGGGACACCUGUUAAGAGCAGGACAUCUCUCCCGCUCCGUACCGCUCCUGCUAUCGCUGGAGCUGGUGUGGCUCAGCAGGCGCGAAACGUUUCUGGAACUUCGAGGCCGCUGUCGAGACAGUCAUCCAGAGACGUCGACGUGCCAGUUCCUGCUUCACAUUCUCGGAGAGGCAGCAUUCAGCAACAACUUGCUCGAUCGCCAGGCCAAACACGUAACACCCAGCCGGAAUCGUCGGAUUCUGAGGAGGAAAUGACACAGUCUCGCAUCACAGCCCGCCGUCCGAAUCCAUCGUCUCUGCAUCGCCGAGCCCUCUCACAUCGUGGGAAUAACAUGCAGGCGCAGCGAGGACCCGCAACCAGCCCAGAUGACGGGGCUCCUCGACACCAAUCUCCAGUCGGUGAAGAUGGAGAUGACGACGACGACGACGACGACGAGCCAUCCUUCCUGCCGUUUGCGAAUCCUCCCGCCGAGAGCAAGCCUCGUCCAUCAUCCUCCUCUCAGCAAGAUCCCAGCGCGACUCUUCGAGGUGCUUUGCGGCCGACCGUACAGCGUCGUACCACAUCUGAACGCGUUGUUUCUUCCCCGACCGUCGAGCCACCAACACCAGUCCAAGCCCAGCGCGACACUCGCGACCUGGCCUCUUCAACCUCAUCGCUCUCCUCGCCUACUCAGGCUACUGGCCCAACCACGACUGCGGCCCGUCCCUCCAGCAGAGGUGAUGUCCAGCCUCUCGCUUCUCGUCUCCCACAACAACAAUCUACGGUUCCCCGGCUCGGCACACCCCUCUCCCCUUCCCACCGCGCCCUUCUCCACUCCAACCAACCUUCCGCCACAGCCUCGCCUCGCCGCGGCCCCAGUUCCGACAGCGCGUCUCCUAGCAUGGGCUCGUCGUUUUCGGACCUCGACGACACAAGUGUGACGCAAUCGGCUCUCGAAGAGGCAUUACUCAGUGGGAUGGGGAACACAACGAUGACGAAUCUAGGCGGCUUUGGAGGGAGAGUGACAAGUGGGAUCGGACAGGCAUUGAGAAGCAGAUAUUUCGACGCGAGAGGCGACGGGCAGGGCAGGAACGGAGGUCAAGGCGCUACUGGUGAGAGAUGA